AUAAGCGCUAGUUAGCGAGCGCCACAGCUCCUGCCUGUUUGCAGGCCUUGGCUCCACACAGUGCAGUUAUGGACUAAAGUGCCUCCAAGAGUUCGGCUGACGUUUGAGAAAACAAUGAGAUCCCUCAGGAAGAUGUUUCCACAAUCAGGGAAAUCCAUCGUCUUCGACAGCUUCCCGGAUCCGUCCGACACCUGGGAGAUCAUCGAGACCAUUGGUAAAGGAACUUACGGGAAAGUCUACAAAGUGCUGAAUAAGGCCAAUGGCAGCAAAGCGGCCGUCAAAAUCCUGGAUCCCAUUCAUGACAUCGACGAGGAGAUUGAGGCAGAGUACAACAUCCUGAAAGCGCUGUCAGACCAUCCAAAUGUGGUGAAAUUCUUCGGCAUGUUCUACAAGAAGGAUCUGAAGAAUGGAGAUCAGCUGUGGCUGGUACUGGAGCUGUGUAACGGAGGCUCAGUGACCGAUCUGGCCAAGGGCAUGCUGAAGAGAGGAGACCGCAUGGAUGAACCUAUAAUUGCAUACAUCUUACACGAGGCCCUGAUGGGUCUGAGUCACCUACACGAGAAUAAAACCAUCCACCGAGACGUCAAAGGGAACAACAUCCUCCUCACCACUCAGGGGGGGGUUAAAAUCAUCUUUUUUUUCUCAGGAGUUUCUGCCCAGCUGACUAACACCCGUCUCCGGAGGAACACGUCGGUGGGCACACCCUUCUGGAUGGCGCCUGAGGUGAUAGCGUGUGAGCAGCAGCUGGACUCCACGUACGACGCUCGCUGUGACGUGUGGUCUCUGGGCAUCACUGCCAUUGAACUAGGCGAUGGAGACCCGCCCCUGGCAGACCUCCAUCCAAUGAGAGCGCUGUUCAAAAUCCCAAGAAAUCCUCCUCCGACCCUACACCAGCCCGAGAUCUGGUCUGAUCUUUUCAACGAUUUCAUCUGCAAGUGUUUAAUAAAGGACUUUGAGCUGCGGCCGAACGUUCAGGAUCUCCUCCAGCAUGGCUUCAUCAGACAGAUCUCAGGCCGAGAGAAGACGCUGCAGAAGCAGCUGAUGGAGCUCAUCGACCUCAACCAGCAGAUGGGAAUCAUCGAGAAAACCAGCCAUCAUGGAAAGACUGAGAGGAGAGAGAGUGAGGACAGGCAUGAGAGGAUCCACACUAAAAAAGGCAGCAACAUGAAAUCUGACGGCCAGUCCCUGGAUGAUGCGGAUGAUCUAGCAAUCCUGGAAGUGCUUGAUGAAAACACGAUCACAGAGCAGCUGCAGAAACGCUACAUGAAGGAUCAGAUCUACACGUACGUGGGCGAUAUCCUCAUCGCCGUAAAUCCCUUCCACGCCAUGGAUCUGUACACUCAGGAGUUCUCAAAGGUCUACAUUGGAGCCAAGCGCACAGCCAAUCCUCCUCAUAUAUUUGCAGUUGCUGACAUCGCCUACCAGUCCAUGGUGUCCUACAACUCUGAUCAGUGCAUCGUGAUCAGUGGAGAGAGUGGUGCAGGGAAGACUGAGAGUGCCCACCUGCUGGUCCAGCAGCUUACAGUGCUUGGCAAGGCCAAUAACCGAACCCUCCAGGAGAAGAUCCUGCUGGUGAACAGCCUGGUGGAAGCCUUCGGUAACGCCUGCACGGUCAUCAACGACAACUCCAGCCGCUUCGGGAAGUACCUCGAAAUGAAGUUCACGUGUGGAGGAACGGUGGUGGGCGCUCAGAUCUCAGAAUACCUUCUGGAGAAGUCCCGUGUCAUCCACCAAGCUGUCGGAGAGCGCAAUUUUCAUAUUUUCUACUACAUCUACGCCGGCCUGGCGGAGAGAAAGAAGCUCGCCCACUACAAGCUGUCUGACAGUAAAACUCCAAAGUACCUGCAGAACGAGCACAUCAAGCUGGUGCCCGACAUCGUGGGCAGUGCCUUCUAUAAGGAGCAGUUUGAGGCGGUGGAGCAGUGCUUUAAAGUCAUCGGCUUCACUCUGGAGGAACUGGGGAGCGUCUACAGCAUCCUGGCUGCGAUCCUAAACGCCGGUGACAUCGAGUUCGCCUCAGUGGCCUCUGAGCAUCAAACUGACAAGAGCAACAUCACUAACAUGCCCGUACUGGAGAGUGCCGCCUCGUUACUCUGCAUCCGACCAGAUGAGCUGCAGGAGGCGCUGACCUCGCACUGCGUGGUGACGCGGGGUGAGACCAUCGUCCGGUCGAACACUGUAGAGAAAGCCACGGAGGUGCGGGACGCCAUGGGUAAAGCCCUGUACGGACGCCUCUUCAGCUGGAUAGUCAACCGCAUCAACUCUCUACUGAGACCCAACAAAGAGUCUGGAGAGGAAGACAAGGAUCUGAACAUCGGCAUCCUGGACAUCUUCGGCUUCGAGAACUUUAAGCGCAACUCUUUUGAGCAGCUCUGCAUUAACAUCGCCAACGAGCAGAUUCAGUUCUACUUCAAUCAGCACAUCUUCGCCUGGGAGCAGGAUGAGUACCUGAACGAGGACGUGGACGCUCGGCUGAUUGAGUACGAGGACAACCGACCCCUGCUGGACCUCUUCCUGCAGAAGCCCAUGGGCAUGCUGGCCCUGCUGGACGAGGAGAGCAGGUUCCCCCAGGCCACAGACCAGACCCUCGUCGAAAAAUUUGAGGACAACCUAAAGUCUAAAAACUUCUGGAGACCAAAGAGGGUAGAUCUCGGCUUUGGAAUUCAUCAUUACGCUGGAAAGGUGAUCUAUAACGCCGCUGGGUUCCUGGCUAAGAACAGAGACGCUCUGCCUGCUGAUAUCGUCCUGCUGCUGAGAUCCUCUGAGAAUGACCUGAUCCGCAAACUGGUCACCCAUCCGCUCACUAAAACAGGUAAUUUGGCUCACACCAAGGGUAAAACGUCUGGGACGGCCCGGCUGGGCACACACACUCCUCAGCGCACCAUUAACUUCGCCAAGAUGGGAGUUCUGAUGUUGUUCAGUUCCCUCUCAAUCAGUGAGGGGGACAAUGUUGGUGACAGCAUCCACCACCCCCGAGAGACCACCAACAUGAGGACUCAGACUGUGGCCUCCUACUUCAGAUAUUCUUUGAUGGACCUACUGUCAAAGAUGGUGGCGGGGCAGCCGCACUUUGUCCGCUGUAUCAAACCAAACAACGACCGCCAGGCCAGUAAGUUUGACCGGGAGAAGGUUCUGAUCCAGCUCCGCUACACCGGCAUCCUGGAGACGGCCAAGAUCCGGAGACAGGGCUACUCUCACCGGAUCCUCUUCACCAACUUCAUCAAAAGGUACUUCAUUCUAGCUUUCCGAGCGAAUGAGGAGCCAGCUGUGAGUCCUGAGACGUGUGCAGCUGUUCUGGAGAGGGCCAAGCUGGAGAACUGGGUCCUGGGGAAGACCAAGGUCUUUCUGAAGUACUAUCACGUGGAGCACUUGAACCUGAUGAUCAGAAGAAACACAGACCGGAUUGUUCUGGUUCAGGCAUACGUGAGGGGAUGGCUGGGGGUCCGAAGGUAUCGCAAAAUCCUGGAGAGGAGAGAGCAGAGCGCUGUAGUUCUGCAGUCAGCAUACAGAGGGCAAAAAGUGAGAAAACAAGUGGCUGAUGAUAAGAGCAAAGCCAAACAGGAGAGCAUCGUCACUAAGCUUCAGGCUGUGUGUCGAGGAUAUCUGGCAAGAAAGACCUACAAGGAACUAGUUGACGAGAAGAACAAGGCUGCUGCCAAGAUCCAGGCGCACUACAGAGGACACAGAGACAGGAAAAGCUUCCAAAAGAAAAAAGAAGCCUUGCAAAAAGAGAAAGAACAGAAGCAGGAAGAGGAAGAGGAAAAAGACAAAGAUGAAUCUGAAGAAGACACACUAGUCCCUUCAGAUCCAACCGAGGACGGUGAGAGUCCAGAGCCGAAUGAUAAUGAUGAAGACGAAAAAGCUGCUGUGGUCCUUCAGAGCAACUACAGAGGCCACAGAGAGAGGAAGAAGCUCAAAGAGCGACAGGAGCAGAACAAAGCCCUGUCUGGAGAUGAGCUUGCUGUUCCUUCUUCAAGUCCUGAAGAAGAGUCUAAAGAAGAGCCUGGAGAAGAUCCUGAGGCUUCAGAAGAUCAGCAGGACCUCCAGGCUGAAGAUGAAGGGAUUUCAGAGGAAGGUGCAGAAGAUGUGGACCCUGAGCAGGAGGCCAAAGCAGCAACGGUCCUGCAGAGCAACUUUAGGGGCCACAAAGAACGCAAGAGGCUGCAAGAGGAGGGGAAGAUUCCUGCAAAGAAGACAGGCAAGAGCCCCCAGGUAGAGUCUGGGGAGAAAAUGGACCAAUCAGCAGUGAAAGAGCCAAAUGAGAUGGUAGAAGAAGAGGAGAUAAAAGAAAAAGAAAGUGCAUCAGUGCAUUCAGGAGGAGAAGAAGAUGAGGAGAAAGCAGCCGUGGUCCUCCAGAGCAACUUCCGUGGCCACAAGGAGCGCAAAAGGCUUCAGGAGGAAGGAAAGAUCCCGAAGAAGAACACUAAACAGGAUGAAACAGUGGAACCAGUGCCUGAAGAACAGGAUGCACCUGAAGCAGGACAAUCCCCAGAACAGCUCAGCCCUGAACAGGAAGAGCAGGAUGAGGAACGGGCAGCCACUGUCCUCCAGAGCAACUACAGAGGUCACAGAGAGAGGAAGAAGCUCAGAGAGCAGAGAGCCAUAGAUGAACCAGAAGCUCCAGCUGAGGAGCAGAACCAGGAGAAUAACCAGGAGCCGGAAACUGAGGCAGAGGAUGGGCUGUACGAUGAAGAGCAAGCAGCUGUGAAGAUCCAGAGUAACUUUAGAGGCUACAAGGACAGAAAGAACCUGAAAGCAACAGCGCAACGAGACGAGGAGGAGGUAGAAAAGUUCUGCAAACAGAUAAGCAGCGUCUCUCAGGACUACCUGACUCUGCAGCAGAAGCUGAGUGAGAUAAUUCUGGCUCAUCAGAUCAACCCCAGCAGCAACGGCAUGUUCAUGAAGGGACAGAGCGUCAACGGCUACACCGAUCAACAGACAACAGCUGAAACCAAGCAGACGCGGACCCCCCGCCGCACCCAGAAACCAAAGACUCUCAACACGCCGGAGGACUCCACCUACUACAACCUCAUCCAUCGCUCCGUCCAGGACGACAAGAAGAGGCCGAGGAAGCAGAGCCCAAAGAAGCUGCUGGACAUUGACGACCAGUACUACCAGGGUCUGAGCACCAGUAAAUCCACCGGCUGCCUCCCCAGCGAGACCCAAACCUCCAGUGAGCUGAAAACUCCAGCAGAGAGGAGACAGUCCACUGAGAGACCACUGUCUGAUAUUCCACAAUCAGACACUCCCAAACCACCCAAAGAUAAGAGGCUCUCUUUUCCCAGAAUGCCCUCUACCGAGAGUCAAAGUGAGGACAACCCUUACGACUACAGGAAGCUGCUGAGGAAGACCUCCCAACGAGGAAGACUUAUCAAACAGUACUAGCCUCUCUGUGGCUACAGGCGUAAUGCUAACAGUACUGUGGGGUUGUGAAUAUGUUGUAUAUAUAUAUAUUAAUAGAAUGGCUGUCAGGGUGUGUGUGUGUGUCCUUGGGUUAUGCAAUGCUAAAGCUAAUGAAGGAAUACUUUAACCAGAAAGCUGCAUGGUGGCGUUAUGAUCUUGUACUAACAAUGCUAACAGUGCUAAUGCUAACUAGCGUAUAGAGGGGAAGGCACGGGAGUCACUGCAUUUAUGAGUUACGCCCCCUGAUAGCGCUUUUCCACCAACGUGGAACCAGUACCAAGCUAGUUUGCCAGUUGAACCAGUUCGCCGUGUUUUCACCAACAAAAGUAGAUUCUGGGACCAGGAACUAGGGCUGCAUGAUAUUAGAAAAAAAUUACAUUGCAAAUUAUCUUUUUUCAACUAUAUAUAUUGCAAAAUUAAAACUAUGCAGGGCCUAUGAUGUCACCAGCCCUGCCCCCAUCCAUGCAUGCGUCUUGCUUUCGGACCAAUCAAAAGCCGAGUCAGCGCUGAGCUCUCAAAACCCGAGGAAAACAGCAAAAAAAAUCUGACAUUUAAAUGGUUUUUUAAAAGUUAAAUAAGAGCGUUUGUUUUUCUAAGAUUAAAAGAGUGAAUUCAGCUGUAACUGGAAAUAUCUGCGCCGCAACAAUGUGCUGGCGGCCAUGCAGUUACCUCAUGUUUACUUCUGCCCUCCCCUCGCACUCCCCCUCUCCCUCGUGCUUCUCAGGCAGCAGCAGCCUGUCACUCACACAGACACAGAGACAGCGCUGUGUAUCUACAAAAAUGUUGUACUAUUCAGGCCACACCUGACUAUAAACCUGCACUUUUAAUUCAAAUUAAAUAGACCAUGUACACAAAUAACGUUGUGUUCUGCGAACAGUGCUGCAACAUGGCUGGUUUAUAAAAGAAAUGCAGAGAACAAAUUGGUAAAUAUUAUGAGAAAAAAUAAAAAGUUGAUUAAUUAUUGGGUUGCCAGUUUAAGAAGCUCAGAGGAAAAGGAGCAAUUUCCGCUCAUGAUUUUACAGGGCUGCUGUGAUUACCAUCAGUUAGUGUUCAAAGCUUGUGAAAGCAGUAGCAGUUUAUAGUCCGGAAGUUACGGUAAUUAUUGUGACAGGCCUGCCUACCUACAUGCACCGUCAUUUUGGCUUUGGAAAACUUUGGAAUCAUUUUUAACAGAUUUUAGCUUUAAUUUGCAUUAAUAAAGUUAAUCAUUAAAGCAGUUGUGAAGGGACAGAACAGUGGCAUGUAUAUAUGUACAUAUUAUAUUUACAUUUUAUUUCUACAGUAUGACUUCUGUAUUUCAUUUAAUAAAUUAAGGGGAAAUAACUUUUCCAUCAUGGGUUAAAUUAUACUUACUUUCCUCCUUUACAAGUUCUCUGAGAGUUUUAAAUGGUUUGUGCUGAACAGUUUGUACUUUAUUUCAUGAUUUUGAUCUUGUGUAUCUAUAAUAUCUAAAAACUGUAAAGUGCUCAGUUUACUAUUAAUUUUCCAUGCUGUAAUUUACCAGGAUGUUUACAAACCAGGGCAAAAAAAACAAUCUUAAUAAAUAAUAAAACUGUAAAUAUAUCAUGUAAGUCCUGUAACUGGAGAAUUAUGUUCAUUAUCGGAGAAACAGAUAUCUAUAUUGUACAUAUUGUCCAGUGAUAAUGAUGCUGGAGUGUAAAAGUGUCAUGUGAAGAUAAAUAUUUGAUGUUUUAUUCAAUUAAAUGGUGUGUUUACCGUUCAUA